AUGACGUCCUCCACCCCAGAACGUUUCCGCCGUUCUUGGUUUUGGGGUGUGACAAGUGUGCACAAUCUAAGGUCGAAACUUGAUGAAUGUUACUCAGCAAAGUCACUACCGGGGGUAUGCAAUAACAUAGCAGGAAUUGAAAAUAUUCUAAGGAAAAAGGAUAUCCAAGUCAACACAGUGUUAGAUAAGAAACCGGUCAACAACGGACUUACUUGGAGAUGUGGGCUUACCCCGAAUGGAUCUUUCACUGUGAAUGCUCUCAGACUAAGAUUGUUCUUACGCAAAGAUGGUCAUGAAAGGAAUAAUGAGGUGGUGUCAGGUGAAUAUAAACAUGGAAGAUCUUCAAACGGUGUCGGAUGUUUUGAACUUUGCCAACCGAUGGAGAACAUGCAUAAAAAAGCGAAAGAUAUUCCUGGCAAUUUGCUACUCUACACAUUGGAGAACAUGGACAACAAGGAAUGA